AGCCGCCGUGAGUCGAGCGCGCUUUGAAAACAGGACGACGAGUUUGCGCUCUGUCGGGCAAGGAGCACACUGCGAGAUUCUACAGCUGCGCGCUGACUGGAACGCGUAUUCGUCACCCUGCAGAGUGCGCGAGAGGAACUCGAUCAUCCUCCCAAGUGUCAGAGAGCACAGUCGGUGAGUGAGCCUCCGAGACCUGCCUGGUGAUGAGCUACCCCCAGCAGAACCCCUACUACCAGCCGCCACAGCCGGGUUUCCAGAUGCCCCCGCAGGGCGGCUAUUACCCGCCUCCCCAGCAGCCGGCGCCCUACUACCCACCGCCGCAGCCACAGGCCACCACCGUGGUCGUACACGAAAAGAAGAAGGAUGACGACUGCUGGAAGAACUGCUGCCUCUGCACGCUUUGCAUGGCACUGUGCUGUUGGUGUUGCAGUGACUGAAGCCGAGGAUCCGGCUGGCUCCACCGGGAUCGAACGGGAGGGACGCAGGAAAAGCACGCUGCGAGGGGCGCUCGCGUCACAGCGCGGAUGGAGUUGCUGCGUAGGCGGCUUCCUAAAGGGAGCCUGCACAGUAACUCUAAGCGCGAAUGGCGGAAGGCUGGCAUGGACUUCACUCGGGGUACGGUACCGCCGCCACGCUGGCGUCUGAUCACCAUUGCGUCGCGGAAGUCGGUGCAAUGACGGUGGAACGACGGGCGAGGGCGGCGGCUUCACUUCCCCGCGGCGCUCUUCCUUGUACACGGCGCGUCGAGCGAGUCAGUGCGUGCGCGUCCGCCCCGCCUUUCCUCUGCGUUCUGACCGAGAGCACCGAAGGUGACGCACCUGGCUAUUAUUCGCUCGCGUGACAGCAACUUGAAUACGGGAAAUAGCGUCCCGGCGCUGUCGCCAUGCGCGGAUGGAUGCUCGAACUUCUGCAUCUAUCAGACGCUCGAGAUAUCUAGCGAGGUUCCCAGCCCGUGUGACCGUCCAGUGGCACGCCAAAAUAAGGGGAUACUGAUUAGGUCUACAGUUUUUCUACGUAAGAUGUACUGCGGGGGUUUUUAUAUUUCACGUCACACGUAGCGUUGCUGCCUUAUACAUGUCGUACUUUUUUAUCAUGUACAUACGGAAUAAUGUGUAUAAACGGCGAUAGACUUACGUCA